UGAAUGACAAUUAAUUAUUUGAAUAACUAUAAACAAUAAAUAUGUCGAAUUGCCAGAGAGUUAAAUAACUAAAAAGAGUGUGUCAAGUCCAAGUCCAAGUCGAAGUCGAAGUCGGUGGUGCAGAGGAAUGUGGCACUUCAAAAUGGCCGCCAGUUACUCUAGUAAUUUACGGCCGUAUCGUUCUUUGUUGUCACGGGUAUAAUUACAAGAGUGGAUCCUCGUUAACAUUAACAUAUAUUUUCACAAAUAUAAUAGUAGAUAUAUAUCACAAGAAUAAAUAUAAUAUUAAUUUGCGGCUGUGUUACUGUGAAAAGUUAAUAUGCUCGGGUCCCAUACACUCUGCUCUGGCAUCGCCUUCUUCUUCUUUGCUUUAAAGGGACACACAGAUUAGUACACACAGUUUUGUUAAAUAAAAUAACAACAAUUAUAUUUCAUUUAUUUAACAACCAAAACUUAUUAUUAUUUAUAUUUUUAUUUUUUAUAAAUAUAUACAUAUAAGUUUUAUAAUAUUCCCACAUUAUUCAAUAUGUCAUGUGUGCCAAUUUGUCAUUGUCCGAUCCAAUUAAAAUGUCUAAUAGGUUAGAUUUGGGAAUUGCAUUCCUCGAUAAUACUCCCAAAAAGUGCAAACAGUUUUACGAAGGACACAUCAAUAAAUCACCAGUGAUUUUACUUAUUACACCACGUCAAUUAUCAUUAUCAGACUAAUCUGUUGGAUUAUGGAUUACUUUUAAAGUCUUUCCAUUUAUUUAUAAUAAUAAUAAUAAUUAUAGAAAUAUUAUAUAUUUAUAUUUUAUGCCAAUGGGAAUUGAUUGUUCAUAUUGCCGAUGGAGAAAUAAUAUAUAGUAUAUAUUGUAUGUUGAAGCUGUUUAAAUGACGAUUGUAAUAUUUACAAGAGGAACAAAAGUUAUUUAAAUAAACAGACAUGUCUUCAAAACAUUUGACUCUGGAUAACUAGUAUAUAAUAUUUAUUGUUCUUAGGUUAAUGCUGCUGUUGGAUUGGAGCUAGGUCCCAGAGGGCCUAGCAUGGGCCACUAUGAAUCCAUCUGCUGUCAGCAAGUCAAGCACUCGCGGCUCUGGAUACCAUCAAAAAGCUCUAGCUGAGAUACGUAAUUCUCUGCUUCCUUUCGCAAAUAUCGGAGGUACGGGGGAAGUAGGCUCUAGUGCCGCGAGUACAAUCUCCACUCUCUCGACUACCAGUGGUGUCAGUUCGGCAUCAGGUCUAAGUGGUCUGUCUGGUGCUUCUGGGUCUCUUGAUAAACCUGAACAACGUCAGCAGAUCGUCGGACAAAUAUCAGCAAUGGGUUAUCCAGAGGACAUUAGUCUGCGAGCCUUGAAGAUGACGGGCUGGCGUCCAGAUGCAGCAAUUGAAUUUUUGAAACAAGCUCAAGGUGACACAUUAAAUGGUUUACAAAAGCUUAAUACAAAACUAAUAAGGAAGCCAAGUCUUGAGCGAGAGUUAAGUCUUCAGCGAGGUAGUCCAGCAUUGGACAGUGGAGCAGGAAGCUCGCGAUCAGACAGUCCGCGAUUAACAGAAUUGAGUCCGCAUCCACAGCUAAGUCGUCAAUACUCACCAAGUAGUUUUGUUGAGCGAGAAACACCUCCACCGCCACCACCAAGAUGUAGCUCAACACCACCACCACCCCCACCGCCUCAUGCGCCUUACAGUCAACCAACUGUGCCUACAAAUAUGCAACAAAUGCUCAAACGAAUGUCCCCGGCGCCUGUUGUCCCAACGAGAGCGCCAGCAGCUGCUCCGGGGACCUCUAAUUCAGCCUCAGGAUCUGUCAAUCCUCCCCAACGUGGUACCAGUCCCGUAGCGAGCUCCAGUAAUUCCUCAAACGGGCGACAGCCCAUGAUCGUACAAAACGGACCACAAGUUCAACAACAGCUGUCGCAGCAGAUGCAAGCUUUAAGCAUUUAUCAAUCAAGCAACAACAGCUCAAGUACUCAAGUCGAACCACCACCGCCAUACCCAAUUGUUCCCUCUUCAACAGCGGGCACAGUACAGCCGCCCUCUUACAGUGCGUCGAUGCAGAAUCGGCAGAGUCCAACUCAGUCGCAGCAGGACUACCGAAAAAGUCCCUCAUCAGGUAUUUAUUCAGGGCCAACGUCUGCUGGUUCACCAAGUCCAAUAACCGUGUCGACAGUGCCACCCAGUACUCAAGGAUCAAUGGCUCGACCGACACCUCUUCAAGCAUGGGGUGCGAGGCAGGCGAAAACUCAGCCUCCAAUAAUAAUGCAGUCUGUUAAAAGUACUCAGGUCCAAAAACCAGUUCUUCAGACCGCAAUAGCACCUACCUCGCCUCAGCCCAUCUCCACGAGUAAUACACCGCCUCCACCUCCUCCCUCGUACGCUACAUCGAUUCAGCAGAAACAGCAGCAACAACAACAGCAACCUCAACAACCUCCACCGCCAGCUUAUCCUCCGGUUAAUAAUGCCUCAGCUGCCGCUACACCUUCAACGAUAGGUUUAGGUGUCCCGACAACUGAACCGCCGAGUUACGCGACGACGAUGCAAGCUCUCGCAGCUCAACGCAGUAUGCAUCAUCCUCUACCACCUCCGCCCUACGGUACACCAACAGAAGACCCAAUGGCCACCGUUGAAAGUACCAGUGCGCCACGUUCUUCACCCGUAGCACAUCAUCCGCCUCUUCAAAGAAAAUACUCGCCUGUUGACGGUUGCCAGCAGCACCACACAGAAUCACCUCCACUUCCACCAACGGCUUCUACUUCCGUCUCCGCCAGAAACAGCAACAACCACCCGCCCUCGCCGGACAAUUGCGCUGCCAAGGGUGGCGGUGGUCCUACAUCCCCCUACAAGAUAAAACACCAGUCGCCUAUACCUGAACGCAAGCACAUGAGUAAAGAAAAAGAAGAAGAGCGCAGAGAUUGUAAAGUGAGAAAUUACUCUCCUCAAGCGUUUAAAUUUUUCAUGGAGCAGCACGUGGAGAACGUGAUCAAGUCUCACAAGCAGCGGAUAUACAGGAGGCUGCAGUUGGAAACGGAAAUGGCUAAAAUAGGACUAAGUGCCGAGGCCCAGUGUCAAAUGAGAAAAAUGCUGUCGCAAAAAGAGUCAAAUUACAUCAGAUUGAAGCGGGCUAAAAUGGACAAAAGUAUGUUUACUAAAAUAAAACCUAUCGGCGUUGGUGCAUUUGGUGAAGUGACACUUGUUAGAAAAUUAGACACAAAUCAAUUUUACGCGAUGAAAACAUUGAGAAAAGCCGACGUACUGAACCGUAAUCAAGUGGCUCACGUCAAAGCCGAACGAGAUAUACUAGCGGAGGCUGACAAUGAGUGGGUCGUAAAACUUUAUUAUUCAUUUCAAGACAAGGAUAAUCUUUAUUUUGUAAUGGAUUACAUACCAGGUGGUGACUUGAUGUCGCUGCUAAUAAAAUUUGGUAUUUUCAAAGAGCCACUGGCAAGGUUUUAUAUCGCCGAGCUAACAUGUGCCGUCGAAAGUGUCCAUAAAAUGGGAUUUAUUCAUCGCGAUAUUAAACCGGAUAAUAUUCUUAUUGAUCGCGAUGGGCACAUUAAACUCACGGACUUUGGGCUGUGCACGGGAUUCCGCUGGACCCACAAUUCAAAGUAUUACCAGCAAAAUGGUCAUGGUAAGCAGGAUUCAAUGGACCCAGCUGAUGACUGGAACAACGAGUGUCGUUGCAUUCAAUUGAAACCACUUGAGCGACGACGACACCGCGAACAUCAACGUUGUCUAGCACAUUCUCUAGUCGGGACGCCAAAUUAUAUCGCCCCGGAAGUAUUGCAACGUACUGGUUACACUCAAUUAUGUGACUGGUGGAGUGUCGGUGUCAUUUUGUACGAGAUGCUCGUUGGUUCCCCACCAUUUCUUGCCAAUACCCCUGCCGAAACACAGUACAAGGUUAUAAAUUGGGAAACAACACUACACAUACCGAAGCAAGCUAAUCUCUCGCCCGAAGGCAUGGAUUUAAUCCUGAAGCUGUGUGUGGGUGCGGACCGUCGACUCGGUAAGAAUGCGGAUGAGGUGAAGAGUCAUCCCUUCUUUGAGAGCAUUGACUUCGAGAAGGGCCUGCGUCGUCAGGUCGCGCCGCACAUACCGCGCAUACAAUAUCCGACCGACACAAGCAACUUUGACCCCGUGGAUCCAGAUAAGCUGAGGAACUCUGAGACUUCGGAUUCAAAUAAAUCGGACGAGCUGCAGGACAACGGAAAACCCUUUCACGGGUUCUUCGAAUUCACAUUUCGUCGGUUUUUUGACGACGGCGGUGGCGCACCUUAUCCUAGUCGAAUAAGUUUGGAUGACAAUGACAACCAGGGCCCGGUCUAUGUAUGACAUUAGGCCAUCAGCCUGCUCUGUGUCUGGACUAAAAGUUUACUAUUAAUUUUAUUUAGACACAACGCCUGUACUAACUAUUUCUACCUGUACUACAACAACACUACCGACAUCCACAGCUUUGUAGGUACAAAUUACUUCUCUGUAUUAUAUUUAUUAAGCGUUGUUGUCCUUGUUGUUAUUAUUAUUAUUAUUAUUAUUAUUAUUAUUUUUAUUAAUUAUUAUUUUAAAAAUACUCUCGACAAUUGUCUUGUUCGUACCUUCGUGAUUUACUUGACUUAGUCAAAACACGAUAAUUAGUUUACCCCGAGGAGUCAUCAAGGCUCAACUCGAUUGCUGAACAAUGUCCGGAGAAUUGUUUUAUACAAUUACCGUUAAUUAAAACAAAUAAUUAUUUUAAUUAGGUAAUUAUACGGCCGUAUUAUCGCGGAUUAGUGGUUUAAAAAUUAUAAAUAAUAAAGUAAACACACACAUAUAUUUUUUAUCGUGGGAUUAAUAAAAAAAAAGAAUUGGUAUUUUUUUUUUUUUUUAUUUAAUCAUAUAGACUGGUUUCUACGGCGAAAAUAAAAAUAAAAGUGCGCGUUUUGUGUGUUUCUGCGAGUACUGUGAUAUUGCCGAUAUCAAACAAUGCUUUUGUUAUACGAUAUCAAAAAAAAAAAAUUAUUAUUUUAGUUUACUUGUAAUAAUGUAAUGGUGAAUGCGCAGAUAAUUUUUUUUAUUCAUAAUUAUUUCUUUAAAAUAUUAGUGAGUCCAAAAACAAUUCAAAUAAAUUUAUUAUUACGUUUUGAAGGGGUUCUACGGUUUCCGUAAUGCCGCCAAAUGACUCGACACAAUAACACAUUUUUAAAGAAUAAAUUUUUUGAUAUCGCUCAGUUUUCGAAAAAAAUGUGAUUUUUUAAAAAAAGUUAAAAAUUUCCUAGAUUUUAAUAUUUUCAUUUUUUGAAAAAAAGUCGUUCAAAUUUUAAAAUUCACGCUCAUUUGACGGCGGCAUGGAAACCGCAGACUUUCCCAUGUUAAUAAUAAAAUAUAAUUUAAAAAAUUUUGAACAAGUACAAGUAGUGCUGAGGAUUAAAAUUCCCCAUAACAAUCGUAAUUUCUCAAAAAUUUUAGCUCAAAAAAAUCCACUAAUUUAAAAUUUAUCAUAAAUAUAUUUUGUCACAAUUAUUUAAUACAUCUAAUAAUUAUUUAAAUGAUUUAAUAACAAUAAUUAGUAAUGUGUUCAUUGCGUAAUUUCUGAUGCUUAUUAAAACUUACGCGACUCGUAAUAAUAAUUAAUUUUAAAAAUCACCCACACAUGAAUUUAAACUCAAUAUCACUAUUGUAAUUAUGAUUAUUAUAAAUAAUUACCUAUUGUCAUAAUAAUUUAAAAACUGCCCAGUGAAUUGACAUUUGGUUAAAAGUCAGCGGCAAUUAUUCGCAAUAUAAAUUUUUAAAAAAUUUGCAAUUAAAAAAAAAACUAAAUGCGAAGCAAUAAUAGCUUCCUAAAAAAAUAUUUGUUUUAAACAACGGAAGUAAACAUAAAUAUAUAUAGAUAUAUUUUUUACAAUAUGUACAAAUCGCGAAAUUACGAGUACGAGUUAAUUAUAGUGAUUCGUAAUUAAUAAUAAUAAUUAAUUAUUAAUGUGCCUUUACAUUUAACAAAAUAUAUAAAUAAAUAUAGGCUGGAUAAGCUUUAUAAAAGUUUUAAGUGGCCUUAAUUAAUUGUUUGUUAAAAAUAUAAAUACGAACUCGACUAAUGACGUGAUAUAGUGUGGCUUUUUUAUAUAUAUAUAUUUUACUUAGAAUCGUACAAUAAACCGAAUUGAUAAAUAUAAAAAAUAAUGGAUAUAUAGUUUGUAGAAAAAUAAAUUGCAAUGUAUGUACCAUGUACAUGUACAGACGUAAUGGUUUAAAUAAUUUAAAUUAGAUUGUGUGUAAUAUAUCGGUAACCCGGUGCAUAAGCGGAGCUAAGAGUGCCUUUAUUAUUAUAUUUUUAUUUUUAAUUAUUAAUCACUUUGCUUUAAUCUAUACUAAUUAUUAAAAAAAAACAACUUAGUAUUUUUCUUUUAUUGUAAUAAUAAUAAUAAAUUGUGUUACUAAUUACAGAAGGACAUUUUUAUUCGCUCUUUUGACGUUAGGGAGCUUCUUAGAGCUAGAAGGGCGAAUAAAAAUAUGUCCUUUUGGAAUUAGUACCACAAAUAUACAAUUUUAAAUGAGUGUCAAUGUACACUGCUACAUUCACACUCAUAAUUUUAAAUUACAUUAAUAGGUAAAAUAUUUUUGGGACAUUUUAUAAGGAUAGUAAAUUUUUAAAAAAUAAUUUUCCGAUGACUUGAUUUAAAUUGUUUGAAUAACUAUCGAAAUUUUGGUGAAUUUAAUUUAUAUAUACAAAUGUUGUAUUUAUAUAUUUGUUUUAAUUUUUUUUUUUUAUCAAUAAUUCAUACCAAAGGAAUUUACAAAAAAAAAGAUCCUGUUUAAAAUUUGUGCAACGUGGAAAUUUUAUAUUUUCUUUUAUUUAUUUCCAUUUUAUCUAGAAGUCAAGUUUAAAAUUUUUUUAUCUUUUUAUCAAUUUUUACUGUAAAAAAAUGAAAUGUUAUCAGGAGAGUACGAUUGUAGAUCAAUUUAUUAGUUAAUUAAUUUUAAAAUGAAUUGAUAGUCGUAUUAAUUUUUAUUUUAUUCUUUUUUUAACAAAACAAGUUUUU